AAUAUGUAUAGGGUUUUUUGUGGUUCUUUCCAUGUUUUACUACUUAGGCUUCAAAAUCUGCACAACACCAAAAAUCUUAACUGAAAGGUGCUCUUUGAUUUUAAAAAAAAUUUAAAAUUUCAGAUCAUAUAAGGCCACAUAGUCUUCUUUUCAGUUCUGCUGAGUGUUGCCUUUCUAUGUCAUCACAAUCAGUGAAGGGAUUAAUUAAGUCAGUCAUUGCUUGAUGAGCAAAUGCAAGAAACUGUGGCCCUUUGAUCAUUGCUCUGAGAUAUGUGUAUAUUCCAUGUAGUAAAGGAAAUAAGCUGCUUUUAGAAGGCCACCUGUGGCAUAAAGCAGGAUAUCAAGGUUGCAGUGUGAGUCUGUAGGGCCAGAAUUUUGUUGUGGUAUUGACAGGUACAUUCCGAGAGUUAAGGGGAGAAGGAAAAAUCAUUGUGUUCACGAGUUCUCCUUCCCAGGGCUCAGCUAGUUGUAGAAAUAGGCAUGAUCUAGAAUAGGUGAUUAGAGGCAGUAUAUGUGAUUCUGUUCACUUCUUUUCAUGGCUGGUUGGAAAAAUUGGUUGGCCCUUGAUUAACUCAGUUGUUUUCCUGAGACGUGCAAGUCUAGGCAAGACAGAGGUGAUGACAGUUGGAAAAGAAAAAAAUGAAGGACAGAACAAAAAUGCUGCCAGGAGAGUAUAAUCUGUGUUUCUUUUCCAGCUGGUGCUGUUGAAAAUCAAAGCCCUGCCUCUAAGCUUCAGGACCUGAAAUGGACAGGAUUCUGACAUCUGCCCUGAUCUGUAUAUUUUUGAUAUUUCUUCAUUAGCAUCAUGGUUAAACAUGCAGAACAGCAGAAAAUAUUUGGCGUGAACUUUGUGAUGUCUAGUUGGAGAAACUUGUUAAAGAAGUUCAUUCUUUUGAUGUCUUGCUCUUCAUCCUCCUAAAUUAUCUUAGGAAAGGCAAUUAAGCUCGCUGUAUAUCUUUUUUACCAAGAAUUUGCAGAUACGUAAAGGCUGUCUGAGAGAGGGUGAUGGCAGGCUGAGGAUAAGUAAUGCAGGAGGAUAGUAAUAGGAGUCAUUGGUUGGUUGGGUUUGCUACUGUGGAAAGCAAUUGCCUGGGGUUGGUCACUGAAGUAAUUAAUUCUGAUUGUGUUUAGCAGAUGUUUUCUCAGAUUCAUAGCUAUUUAAAAUGUCCAUAGAUUUGUCCAAAGAUGAGUUAUUACCUUUGGCUGAUGUGAAGAUUCAUAUACAUUCUUUUUUUCUGAAGGGAGAGGUACCUCAGUUCUCCCCAGCACCAUGUAUUUGAAAUGAAAGAGGAGUGACUGUUCUUCUGUCAGGGCAGGGGGAGGUGUGUUGAAGGAUGCUUUUCCUGUAGGAACAGGGAAGGAGGGGAUGUAUGUGGGAUGUGCACAAAGAAACAGAAGAGGCUCUGCAUACAUUUGGUGAUUCCUUGCCUGGAUUUGUGCUUUGCAGUUCAGUAGAGAAUGGGAGACCUCCGGAUCCUGCCGACUGGGCUGUUAUCGACGUUGUGAAUUAUUUCAGAACAGCUGGAUUUGAAGAACAAGCCAAUGCUUUUCAAGAACAGGAAAUUGAUGGCAAAUCAUUACUGUUGAUGACAAGAAAUGAUGUACUGACUGGACUUUCAUUAAAACUGGGGCCUGCGCUGAAAAUCUAUGAGUAUCACGUAAAACCUCUACAGACACAGCAUCUAAAGAACAACUCCUUAUAGCGAAUUGUCUAAUUGGGGUCAUGUUGUGCCUCAAACAAUAAAUAAGCAAUUUGGUUUCAUGUGAUGGAACUUUGUAAAGAGAGAAUAUAUCUAUUAAGAAUUUAAACCAAAUGAGCAUAUAUAUCCUAUUGGAUAGAGUUGGCAAUGUACUGUAUACUGAGUCUGAAUUGAGAGAGGUGGUGUGUAUUUUUUACAUAGUACAUAAUGAUUUUCUCUUUUAGGAACUAUCAAUGAGCAUGUUGAGAUAGCUACAUCACUGUAUCCAGAACAAAAGGGAGGUAUGUCGUUCUCAUUUUUGAGCCAGACAUAUUCUUGAUUUCAUUAAUUAAAAUACCAAAAAACCAACCAAAAAACCCAAAUAGAGUUUUUAUGUAUCUUUGGAAGAGAGAAAUAGAUUAAAGUAGGUUUUGGUUUACCUAAAAGACCUAUUAAAAUUAGUACUUACCAUUUUAGGAUGGGAGUGACACUUGCCAACUCACCCUUUUUUGCAGAGGGUCCUAUUUUGACCUUAUUAAGGUUUACUUGUGGUAUGCUGCAAUGUUUAAAGCUGUACAUACAACUAACAUAACCCCUUCAGUAGCAGAAGGUGUUGCUGACAGGUGAAACUGGGUUGUGUAUUUUUUGCUGUCCUUUAAAUUUUCAGCUUGUUUUCACCUGUUUUUAAUAGUAGUUCUAUGUAAAGUAUAGUUGGUUUUAAAAAGUUCGUGUUGGUUUGCAAAACAAAAAAGCCCCUUUGUUUUAUUCUUUUUUUUAAUUUAUAAUAACUUGUUUUCUAACAUUAUGCAGAAGUUUGUAAAAACAGUAAAAUUCUGCACAAUUUUAAUAUUGUCUGUCAUUGGUGUUGUAAUGGUUGAUUUUUUUUUAAUGCUUUACUUAACAGUUUGAAUACUUGUUUUAAAAACUGAAAUAAGCUGUCUUGUCACCAUACAUCUCUGUUAAAAGAGAGUCUUGUUCAAUCUGUUUGUACCAGUUCCCUAUUUAAUAGGUUGCUUGCUAUAUCCCAAUAAAGCAUUGCUUAUGUUUGGAUUC